AAUGGAUAACCUGAUAGAGAUAUGGCCCGGUGAACUUGAAGCUAAACUAAGACUAAGACGGAUGAUAGUUCACAAGUGUCAUUGGUUGCUGAAUAUUCUUUUUCCAUCCAAUUUGAUGAAGGCAAUGCAAAGUCUUGAAAUACUUGUAGUGCAGGAUUGCCAAUCUGUGGAAGUAGCAUUCGGUAUUGAAGGACUAAUUGUUAGGGAAGACCAUCAAGAUAUACUAUUCCCUUCAUUAAUAGAUGUGAGCCUUGGGCAUCUACCAAAGUUGACACAUGUUUGGAAAGACAAUUUAUCAGGAAUUCAAGGCUUCGAGAACCUAACAUCCCUAAACAUAAAGGGUUGUGGCAGUUUGAGAUAUGUAUUUUCGUCUUCUAUAUCCAAACUUCUUGUGAAACUGCAAGAAAUAGAGGUAACUGAAUGUCGUGUGAUGGAAGUGAUCAUUGACGAAGAACCAAAAAUAGAUGAUGAAGUCGCAACACAUAUUCUCAUCUUCCCUCAACUAAAUACUCUCAAACUCAGGGACCUGCCGAACCUUAGGAGUUUUUGCCUCCAAGCUUACAUGUUUGAAAGAUCAUUGUUGAAGACCGUGGAAGUAAUCAAUUGUCCCAACAUGAAGGCCCUCCCUUCAGCAUUCAAGCACAUGCAAGAGCCACAGACGAGCAAUGUUCAAUAGGCAAACUUUUUAACCUCAACUCAACACCAUCUCUUGGAUGGAAAGGUACAUUUGUUAUCUUACAAUUAUAGUAUUCACCAUUAACAUUCCGUUUUUUCAAAGAAAAUGUUUCCAAUAUUCAUUAAAAUAAGGAUAAACCUUAUACGUUUGAAGUUGAAAGAAUUGUUGGGUAAGCAAAAUCAUGGAAACUUUUUGGUCUCGUUUGGAAAGUUGGUUAUUUUAGUAUAAACUAUUUUAGUAGGCUAAAAUAGUUAUGUUUG